UCCUGUCUCAAUUUUUUUUUUUUUUUAAAAAAAAACUAUAUCUUGACUGACUUCAUAGCAAUCAUGUGGCCCUCAAACAUACAUUUCAUUAUCUUAAACAAGCCAUGAUCUGGCAGCAUCUAUACUGCAUUGAUUCACAUCAUGGCAUUCUUCUAUAAAUAGUCUUUCAAAUGCUAGCUUCUUCUACUCUGUUAUACUUUGUUUGUUUGCUUGUUUGGAGAGUGAGUUUCUUAGAAUGGGAAGACAACCAUGCUGUGAUAAGAUAGGGUUGAAGAGAGGUCCAUGGACGGUUGACGAAGAUCAGAAGCUCGUCAGCUUCAUCCUCAACAAUGGCAUUCAAUGCUGGCGAUUAGUUCCAAAGCUUGCUGGUUUGAAGAGAUGUGGGAAGAGUUGCAGACUAAGAUGGACGAAUUAUCUCCGUCCUGAUCUUAAGCGAGGGGAUAUAUCUGAAGCCGAAGAGGAUCAGAUCAUUGAACUCCAUGCUCGCCUCGGUAACAGGUGGUCAAAAAUUGCUUCGUAUUUUCCCGGCCGAACAGAUAAUGAAAUCAAGAACCAUUGGAAUACAAGAAUAAAAAAGAAACUGAAACUUCUUGGAUUGGAUCCAGUGACACAUAAUCCUAUUGCAGAACCCAGAGCAGAUGAUGCAGUUCAAGAAAAGAGCUCAAAUCUAAAUACGAAAAAUUCGGUUGAUGGUUUAGAGAUGAAAGCUCAAGUUACAAACCAUUCAAGCAGUUGCAGUACAUCCAUUUCAGUGGAUGACACUGAGGGUUCUAGUUUUGCUUGGGUUGAUCCUUUUGAUAGUGUUUCUUCAUGGGAAGAAGCAUUCUUUCAUCUUGAGGAUAUUUUUUCAUUUGGGACUUACCCAUGAGAGUUUAUUGUUUAUCAAAUGUAGAUCAAUUUGUCUUUUAUAACAUUGUAAUUCAAUUUAUUUUUUGAAUUUUUUUUUAAACAUAUAUUCCACA